AUGAGUGAACACCAAUCAGCAUCAAAUAAUAUUAAUGGUAAUAAUGGUAAUAAUGGUAGCUUUUAUGAAAAUGGUAGACAAACGGGACCGUUUUCUCAUAGACGUUGGUCUCAUGCACUUGCACUUGCUGACCAACUGCGUCAUAAUACACAAGCUAAAAAAAAUGAACAAUUACGACAAUAUGCGUUUGAUAUUCCAUCAGCUGAUGCUCACGAACCAAGUACUGUAGCAUCGAUUGAAGCACAAACUGAUCAUAUUAAUUCUUUUCAAAACGAACUAUUAGUUGCCAACAUUGGUAACUUUAGUUUGGAUAGUUUAACUGAAUAUUUUCUUAAUUUAAAACAUACAUUUAAUCAAAUGCUUGAACUUGACAAAAAUGAUAUGCAACAAAUAACAUUAGCAACAUCAAUAACAAAAACGGCUUUAUUAAUUGUUUUACGUACAGCAGAAUAUAUUGCUGACAUUGUAACAAAGGGGACGAGAAGCUUUCCAACAUUAAAUUCUCUUAUUUCAUAUAUUCGUUCCUGUCAUAACGAAUUACCUAUACAUGGUCGUCUUCUUGUUGAUUGGUAUGAGGCUUCACAGGUAUUAGAUUUACUUCUUGCUGAUGCUGAUUGGCUUGUACAACCACGAAAAGCAUAUUGGGCUAUGCAAGUAUGCAAUGAAACAUUAGCUUGGGCCCGUGUAGUUUUUAAUGAAAAUUAUUUUAAAACAUCUAUGGGACGACCGAUAUUCGAUCGAGAUGAUAGCGUGUUUUUUAAUGACGCACUGGAUCAAGAAUGA